ACCGUUGACGAAGACGGGCCGGCGCGCGCGGGUUUCCAUGACUCGCGACCGUCCACGGUUUUUCCCUUGUCACGCGCGAAACUUUGCUUCGCUCGUUCCCGUUUAUCGAACCCGAUACCCGUAGAUCCGAGAACACUAGACACGAGCUGAAUCACGGGAAGCUCCGUGUCGAUCCCUCGUUACUGUGCACUCACUUGGGUCCGAGCAGCUUGUAACGAGACCCGGCCCCGUUUUCUACAGUCGCUCUUCGGAAUAUAUGCUGAAUACUGGAGUACUCUGGAUUCUUGAGAGUAUUGGGUUGGUGCAUGGUAUAUGUCCCUGUGGUUGAGUUGGAAUGAAGAUAGGAAUAUGUGAUCGGGUUCAUAGAUGUUUCGCUGUGGGGUUUAUUUUGAAGAUUUGGAUUGUUGUGUUUGGAGAGUCUCUUGAAUGUCUAAUGAGAUUUUAUUGUUAGCUUGAAUGUUUGGAAGAUGUGAGAAUAAAGGUUCUUUGAUGCCUGUUUAGCUUUGUUACAGUGCUUAAUUUGGUUCAGUUAUUUACUACAUUGGUUCCUUAAAUGAAUGACCUCCAACUUGAAAGAAUAUCUAUGAAUAUUACUGUUGAAACGAUCCCACGAGAAGCAGCUGAAACCAGCAAUUUCAAGGGUACAAGAACUUGGAAAAAGGAACAUGUACCUUCCCAAUGAAUUCCACCAGCACCAGCCUAAUAGUUCCCAGAAGCGUAACGCGUGGAUCGUAGAGCCGGUUGGUAAAUAACGAGGGAGCAUUGUGGGACAAGGUGGUCGCGGGCCGACAACCAGUGGUUUUCUGUCAUUUCGCCGGUCGUAAUCGUCUGAAAGGCGUGGCGCCGCGCAGUCCGCGACACUUUUAAAUAAUCGCGCGGCGGACAAUCGAUCAGAGAUACGUAAUAACGUCAGCGAUCAGCCGAGCGCGAUUACAAUUCCAGACGGCACCGGGUAUCAGUUGCGUCGCCGGAACACAUUGGAUUAGUCGAUACGCCGUAGAUCGAUGGAAGCCUCGCAGCUGACUGUCCGUGUGCAGCGUCGUGCGACACGGUUCAAGUGCAUCGUCGAAGGAAAACAAACAGCCGGUUCCGUAUUUUCACGUGGAUCAACGUUCACCGGGAUACCCCGAGAACAUUGUUAACCCGGUACUCUAAGCUGAACACACCUAUAAAGAGACGGUAGCGAAAGUGAAGCAAGAGUCCGGCAGGUUGAUCGAUCAUCGCCAAAGACAGACACCUGUGGGCACGGGGCAAUUAAAGAAACGUCGGGACGCUCGCAUAAAUACUGGUCGCGCCCACCUAGCAGGGUGUGUCUUUCACGCGCGCCGGCCAGUCAUUAGCUACCACUCGAGCAGAGUCCGUGCCGCAGCCCGGGGUGAGAGACAUCGAUUGACUCCGCGAAUUGAUCCCCAGCCGAUCGCGAGCGUCUCCGGUCGACAGGAGUUCUGUUCCGUCCUAGUUGCGCUUCUGUGAUCCUCGGUGAUUACUAUUGUGAUGUACCUCCGCGGACCAGUGGUUCUCAUCGAUCCCCAGAGACAAUAGUCGCGGAUUGCAGACACUGUUUAGCAGGAUCUAAAAGUUUCAAAUGAGGCCGACUUUAAAUAAUAUAUACUGAUACCGUUCUGUGAUUAAAAGCUCAUAUGGACACGUGACUCUUCUAUCUCGGCGAAAGCCGAGACAACCUCGACUUGGUCCCGCGAACUCUUUAGUGUCUGUGUCAAGCGGUACGCAGGAUAAAAGGGACGGGAUCGAUCAGCCGUAACCUUCGACGAAAGUCUUCAUCCUCCAUCCUUGAGCUAGAUAGACCCGGCUAAUUCGGAACGGGCUGGCUGUGGGACAGCGUCGGACUAGAGCAAUAAAAUCGCUCCAUGGAAAUCCGUGGCGGGUCGGACACGGUCGCCUUGUGAAUAUUCAGCGGGGGAAUUCGCGAAGCGGUCGCUGAUUGGACAAAGCACGACUUCCGUAUUGAAUGUGGCGCGCGAUCGCGAAACGAUGAGGCAUGGCUUAACGCGGAACCGUUCGUCGGGGAUUUAAUAUUCCGCGCGGUACCGCGCGGCGUCCGAUCACGCGACCGUUCUCGCCUAGAACCGCUCGUCCCGGCGAGGAUAGCCCCAAGGACAACGGAUUUUCACUCGGGAUCUCGCGCGAGGACUCGAUGCAAAUUUAACUCGGCUCGUGUCUCUCCUGUUGCUUCGACCAGACAGACUCGCACCUCCGACAUGAGCCUGCUGCGGUUCGGACCCUUCAAGGACGCGAAGAAACAAAAUGGGGCGGCUUUACGAACGAACAGUUUGGGCUCGGGGGCGAGAACACCACCCCUUGAAAGGAAAAGCAAAUUUUCGGCCCUCGGUAGACUCUUCAAACCGUGGAAAUGGAAACGGAAAAAGAAAUCGGACAAGUUCGAGGCCGCCUCCUUGUCGCUCGAGAGGAAAAUCUCGGUACGAGCCAGCAGGGACGAGUUGGUACAGAAAGGUAUCCUGCUGCCAGUGAUAAGGUCCACGUCGUUUCCGGAGAAUGUGGAGAAGGGGGUCCUAGACCAAAGCAACGAGAGCCAGCAGGUGAUCGAGAGGUGUUACCCUCUGCCACCUCAGAACCCAUUGAUGCUGUCGGAGCUGCCGGAACCGCCGAUACCGUUGAGCGAGAUCGGGCCAAUCCCGCCCCCGCCGAUGUUCAGUUCUUCGAGUCCUACUCUAUUGUUGGCCAAGCAACGACAGAUACGUAACACUUUGUCGUCGGAUUACGAGGACGAAGAGGACGAAGAGGACUUCGACGUGGAGGAGGAGGACAACAUGUUCGUGUUCAGGAUGACCCAACCGGAUCCCGGCAUCGACACGUCGAGGGUCGAACAGAUCCCGGCGAAGGAGCCUAAGUUUCACGCGGUGCCCCUGAAGAGCGUGCUAAAGAAGAGGGGCUCGGGCAGCGGGCCCGGCACACCGCAGAACACUCCGACGCAAGAGAACAGGACGUUGACACUCCGCCAGGAACUGCACGCCUCCUUCAAAAGGCCAGCGUUGAGGCCUAGGAUGAGAAUAUGUAGUCGACCGGUCAGGUUCGGCCUCGCCCUGCCCUGCACUCUGGAGAACAAAGAGAACGCGAGACCGUAUGUCAUACGGGAGGAUGUUGACGGGGAUCCUGGCGAUGGACAGGUACUUUAUAGGGAAGAGUACGACGACGAGAAAAGCCGGCUGGCAGCAAAGAUUGCGCGCAAGGAGUCGCUGUCGCUGAAACUCGCCCUCAGGCCGGACAGGCAGGAGCUCAUCAACAGAAACAUCCUUCAGCUGCAGACGGACAAUGAGAGGCAGGAAACGAAGGAGGCAAUUGGUGCCAAGCUCAUCAGGCGGCUGAGCAUGCGGCCAACCCAAGAGGAACUCGAGGAGCGGAAUAUCUUGAAAAAGCAAAGCCCCGCCGAAGAGAAGAAACAGAAGGAAGAGAAGAAGCGAUACCUGCUGCGGAAGCUCAGCUUUCGACCGACUGUCGAAGAACUUAAGGAAAAGAAGAUCAUCAGGUUCAACGACUAUAUCGAAGUCACGCAGGCCCACGACUACGACCGAAGGGCAGACAAACCGUGGACAAGGUUGACCCCCAAGGACAAGGCAGCCAUUAGGAAGGAGCUGAACGAGUUCAAGAGUUCGGAGAUGGCCGUUCAUGAAGACAGCCGACACCUCACCAGGUUCCAUAGGCCAUGACAAUCGCAAUGUGUUGAGGUGCUACAGUGUGGUGCGGGUAUAGGUGAAGGUGCAGUGUGUUGGCCUCGCGUCGAGGCCGGAUAAAAAGAGAAAGAAAGGAAAUAAAUUAAAAAUUUGCAAUCGGGUAUCACGUGGCUUCCGGGGGAUGACAUACGCCUGCUGAGGAACGGCGCGCGGUACAUACUCGGACCGACAUUCACGGUGGCUUUUUUCCUUUACUUUUCGUUCGUCCUCUUUUCUUUCUUUCUUUUCCGCCUUCUUCUCACGUCGCUGUCAUCGACGCCGUCGUCGUCGCCAUCGUUUCACCGUUUAACACACAUGCCGAUUCACCGUCGCGCGGCCGUCAUCCGACCCUCUUAAUACCACGCCGACGACGAACGUCGCGCUUCAAGAUUGUGAUAAGGGUGAACCCGCGCCGGAUUGGAUCGCGUCCCACGGGUCACCCGACGAUUUCGCCACCGCGGAUGCUCGUUCGUUCGCGCGUGCACGUCGCUCACCGCCGACACUCUAGGAUAUUUUCUAAGCCGUUGCAUUUCCCCGAUGCAAGAGGCGUCGCGAGGCGACCGGGCGAAAAACGCUGACCGCUGCGUCGCGGCGUUUCAUUCCCGCCUCUCGCGCCGCUCGAUAGCGAAUCUUUCCAAAGGGGUAGGUAAUUGUCCGGAGAACACGGGCUCACCAAAUUGUCUGGGAAUAAUCGAGCGGAGAUUCUUCGGAGGAGUUUGCUGGGAAUUCGGAACGAGGGACGAGGAUUUCGGGAUUCGUCCGAUGAACUCGAAUAUUUGUGUGACUACUUCCUACUUUGGAAUUAAUUUAUUGACUCACCGGGCGAAUCGGUGGACUGGUCGUUCUUAAAUUUGUUUCGGCAAUUCUCUCGGUUCAAUUGUAAAUUGUUGUGUAUUUUAUGCUUUGAGAUAACUAUUAUGUGAAUAGUUUAUUGAGGCAACGUUCCGACCUCCCAAACGGGAGAUCAUCUGAACUCGUUUCUCAGUGUUGUUGCAUUUACUCGGCGCGAGUGUUGCGAGCAGAUUGGAGGAACUGAGAGUUGCGUCGCGAUUUUCAUUUUCAUCAUGGCAUUGGUAAUCGCGAGAUAUUGAAGUGCUUGAUGAAUUACCCCGAAAAUAUGGGGUUGUUUAACCUUUCGCCUUAGGAUUUCUUUCUAUUCGGACUCGCAGUUACUUUGUUAUGAAUUAUUCUCUAUGAUAAAGAAACUGUAUGCUGACAAAAUAAAUUUACUAUAAAGAUUAGAUUUCCACAGACAUGAAACAGUUUUUCCAAUUAAUUAAUGUAAGCAUAAUAAUAAUCGUAUUAACGGAAUUUAAUGUAAAAUCAUUAUCACGAGUCUACACUUCAAGGCAAGGGGUUGAACAGUAGCAAAAUGAUCCCGUUUGAUCGUCAAAUCGAAAGUUUAAAAUCGCAAACAAUUCUCAGAGCGACUCGCAGAUCGUUAGGGUCUGAUUCCACGGGUCACGACUGAAAGAAUCAAAAAAACCAAGAAAGAAAAGAUAGGGAAGUAGAAGAAAAGAUUUGGACUCCGUUCGGUGCGUUCUGCUCACUCUUGUUAAAAUUAAGAACGAAAGUAGCUUGUUGCGCGUCUUCACCCGAAAAUAUCUUCGCGCGGGGUGGACGUUAGUUAGAUCGAUAGUGGCAUUAGAUCGAGAAAAGACGAGAAUCACGAGCAAUCCCGGGCGCGUGACGUGCGCGCGCGCACGCCUGCGAACGAGCCUUUCCCUAGAUGUAAAGAUAAGAAAAAAAAAAGAAAGAAAAAACAACACCGUCUCGUUUUCGCCAUCGAAGCUAGCUCAUCAUCAGUAUCAUCCGGCAUCAUCGUGUGUACAAGUCAAACGAUUAUCGCGAACUUUUAACCCUUUACCGUUCGUGUGACACGUCUUGUGAAUAAAUUAUCUCGCGAAAUACUCAGAGAGGGACAGAGAGAGCGAGCCGAGGGUAGCAGGUAUUAAAAUUCACACGGGGCACGCACGGCGUUGUUAAGGGUUGCCUAAAAAGUAGUACCAGUCGUGGUUCCUAAUUUCAUUUCAAAUGAAUUCCUUUGCUUCUCCUCGACGAGUGAAAACAGUGACGGUUGAGAAUAUUAUUGAUGAAUCAUCGAAUGUUUUUAUAUGUUGACGUUUCGACGAAUACCUCGUUUCAAUAAUUUAUUAAAAAUAAAAGCUACAUGAGAUUUGCGCGAUAAGCAAACGCUUCCUCGUGAUUUUUCGCUUAGCGUGUCCUUUCUUUUGAAGAAUCAACCGACGCAGUUCGGUGAACGCGUUAACGCGUUACGUACGCGAUUUGUUCACGAUGACCGGAAGCUGACUGGGGUGCACCGCGCGCGGAUCCAAUGACAAUCUUGUUCGAUUCGACAAGAAUAUAUACGGUAUUAGUUUGUUUUUUCCUUUACUGCCAGGUGAUCGCUCUGUAUACCGCUCUUUCUCUCCCUCUCGCUCUCUCGUUUGCGGAGCUGCCUUGUGGAGCGGACGCUCACCGACUAUUGUAAAAAGAAGGAGAAAAAAAGGAAACGGAAGCGAGUGAAAUUUAACGAGAAAUAGACGCUCGAUUGACCGGCGAACGAUGAAAGUGACGAGGUGAAAAACGCGACCUCGUCGUCUAGUUGCACGCAACUUUGUACAGGAGUAUACAUAGCGCGUACGUUUAGUGAUCAUCAUUAUUAUUAUUAUUAUUAAUUAUUAUUAUUAUUGAUUAUUAUAUUAUUAUUAUUAUUAUUAUUAUUAUUAUUAUUAUUAUUACAUUAUUAUUGUUAUCAUGAAUCCAUGGCGGCGGUAUGCGACCCUUGUUCGCUUCGGGGAGGAGUCAUCGAACGAUCAUCCGAUAAUUAAUCCAAUCAAUGAAGAAUCAUUUACAAGAGGCAGUUAGAUAAAUGCAAUUUGAGGAAAGAGAUUGUUUUUGGUUGUUACGUAACGGUGAUUUUCUUAAAUAAGGUACUUUUAGCUUCGAACACAUUCUUUUUACCUGUUUCAUUUUGAAUUAUAUUAUCGUGUAAAGUUUCUUGUUCUCAGAAAGAAUUCGUUUAAUUAAUGUUCUCGUUUGAAAUACUUGUGCAAUACUUUUUGGUGAUUUUUAACAAUUAACGACUAACGUUUUCGAGUAAAAAUUAAUUAUAAAAAUGAAGAAACCUCGAUACGACGAUCUUGACGGAUUUCAAUUUCUAAAGUGUAUAAAGAGAAAUUUCGUAACAUGCCUCGAUACUUUCUGUUUUGGUCGCCAGAUCAUUGAUCGCGGAGAUUUCGCGUGGAAAUAACAAAAAUGUAGAGGGAAAAUUUCUUCGCUGACCUCUUCCGUUUCGAGCGGAACCGAAAGAAAAGCGAGAAAUAUUACUGGGAACCGAAACAGAGACGAGUUUUCUAUCGGGAAACCUGAAAGCAGCCGGUUUCCUUAAAGAAAACUCCUUCGGUUCUCCUUCUAAAUAGUGUCUAGUUUUAACGAUCGUCCAAUGCUGCGAGAGAAUCGGUACGGUCGAUCUCCCUCGCAACUCGCCGGCGAACUCAGCUGUUCGAUAUCUAAAAGCCAACCAGAAAAGAAGAAACAUACACUUAAGAUUCCUCGGUAGACCGUGGAUCUUUGUACAAGCACGGAUUUCUGUACAUUAACUUAUAAGAACAAAACGAACAUCCAUUUAUUCGAUUAACAGUUUCAUCUGUAAAUAAAAAAUUCUUCUCAAUGAACAGCGUUUUUUGUGCAUUUAUCACGCAUGUAGUGACACACGCCCAUUGUUCACCUGUUUUCAGAAUAUAGGAACUUUACAGAAAAAUUGUUACACAAUUCUUAAUUAUUUGUCCUCCUUACUUAUAUUUUUACUAUUAUUUUCUAGUACAUGUCUUUUUUUAAUACAAAACUCAGCUGUGUUAUGUAUAAUCGACAGAGAAACAUUAGAUUGUCGCGAAUGUGUGUGUCACUGUAUGGAUUUAUAAAAUAUAUUGAAACAAAAUCUGCAACAAAAACGCAAUAAAAUCUGAACCCUUAUAGAAUGGAUUUCUUUUAAAAACACGCACAGUGAAUAGGGGAUAUAUUGUCACGGUAAUCCUUUAUAUCGAAUGCACACAUUCCAAUAAGUCUCGGCAUCGUUGAAAAGAGAAAUAAGUAUUGCAAAAAUACGAGACUGUAAAUUAACGGUUCUCUUUAGAAGCAACGAUCCUAUCAGCUUUUGUGAAAUCUUUACGGCGUGCUGUUACGUCAGUCCUGGAAAAAUGAGAGCAAUAAACUUCUUUCUGACAUUCGUUCUCGUAAAUCACCCCUUGAGAAAACUGUGACAUUUCACAAGGAUCUGCGGUCUGCCCGUUAAACGUUAUUAAACUUUUUACUCCGCCGAGUUCUAGGCAGCAAUUGUGUACACUGUAAAUACAGAAAGCCCGUGUUAAACUUUAUUCGUCAGUUUGGUCGGUGGUGCCGAAGCAGGCAGGCAGUCGACGACCUUCGAGCGGAGAGGCGCGAAUAAUUACGGAAGUGCUUCACACUUGGACUGCGAGACUACAUUUCGAAUUUCCACAUUUUUCCGUUCGAAUUUAACGAAACGAACAUUUCAGUAAUAUUCAUCGAAUAUUAUUAUACAGUCGAAUUUCUACAUUUUUGCGUUCGAUUCGAACGAAACGAACGUUUCAAUAAUAUUCAGUGAACAAAGAUUCGUAUUCUUCGGUGAAAUAAACAUUUCUUGUAAAUUAUUAUUCUCUUCACUAAUGAAUACGAUAAGUGAAGAAUUAAGUAACAAUAAGUUUUAAUUGUUUUUGUAACUCCGAAACUUUUGGGAAUAUUUGUAUUCCACAGAUGUGUAAAGUUGCGCAAUCCAGUGGUGGUAGAGGGUUGAAGCGUCUCUCUCGUUCCAUUGGUCGAGCGCCGUGGCUACCGUGUAGUCGAACGAACUUGUAAUCCAUUUUCUCCGGGACUGUGUGCUCUGUGCGCUGUGUGAGAGUGCGAGUGUGACGCGAGUGUUGUUCUCUUCUUUUUUCUGGGGAAGAAAAAUUGCGUGAGAGCGGUGGAUCGAAGAAGAAAUAUUUUAAGGGUGGCGAAGAUGAAAUAGAGCGCGAAACGAAAAGAGAGAGGGAGAGCAAGAGAAACGGAAUGAUAAAAAACGGUUUCCCUUUUCCAUCGUUUUUCCGUUUAUCACUUUAUACAGGGUGACUUGUCCAAUCCUAUCAUCUUAAAUUACUUUGUAAAUUUGUACGAUAUCAAGGGUACUUGCGAUGCAAUAAUUAGUAUUCUUUCAUGUUGAUACUUUAUCGGGUACGAAAGUGCUUAGUACGUAUCAAAUGUUAUACUCAAAAUUUACAUUUAAACAAUUCAAGCUACCGUACAUGCUCUGGUAAAAAAGUCAAAUAAUAAAAAGAAACUAAUUACUAAAUUGUACACUUCCCUCGAUACCGUACAAUUUUGGUCUACAACGUUUCUCCAUGAAACAACUGAAAAGUUUCUAGUAAUCGAAUUUAAUAUGGUAAAGCUGGACGACUCACCCCGUAUGUCGAGUCGCCAUUUUUAGUCUCGCGGUUUAUCGCGACACGUGCGCGAUUCGAAAAUGGGGGAACUUGAAACCGAAUGAGGAAACGGAAUAUUUCUGGAGGCCAGGCGUAAUUUAUAGAACACUGAAAUCGCGAUCCACGCUACACGCUACACGAUAUUACGCAUGGCGGAACGAAGGGUUGCUUAUAAAUAUUGAGCUCUAGGUAACAAGAAGAUUAAGAAAUAAAAAAAAAAUACUGGCGCC